AUGGCGAUGGACUGGCCUACACAUCCUCCUCCGGCACUGGUCCCGGCUGUGGUGCGUGCCGGUGCGGUUCUGGUUUCCCAUUAUGUCUUCAACGCUGCUGCCCAAAUCCCUGAUCCAGCGCUCUUGCCCACAGACCCCCCACCAAAGCCAGACCCCAUCGGCUCGGAGACUGUAGUGUUCUGGGGACUUCGUCUCUGGCAAGUCGUGGGGAUUUUCUCCAUGUUUGCCCUCACUGUCACCAUCACGCUGUGCUGCAUCUUUAAAUGUCGAGUUCCUCGCACCAAGAAGGAGAUCGAGGCUCGUAAUGCUCAGAGACAGGCGGCUAAGAGCUAUGCUGACACACUGGAGACCGUUCCACCACUCAACGAGCUCACUGAGAUACCAGGAGUGAUUCGUACCGUCUCUGAGCAUGUGCAGACGCGUGACACUAAUCAGCUUCCUGCACUGAACGAGGAAGACGAACCAACCAAUCAGAGCACUCAGAAUGAGACAGGCUAA